AAAAAGCAGAAAUAAUGUAAUGUAAUUCUGGCACGCGCUCAUUAAUAACGGUUGAACGGAAUGAUUUUUAAUUGGUGCUAAUUAUGUCUUGAUUAGCAUGGGGCAGAUUUUUUAGUUGUUGCUAACUGUUGUGUUUUCUGCUUGGGGGGAAAAAGAACUAAAAGAACUAAAGAAGACGAGGAAGUCAAUGCAACAUGCUGUCGCUCUUCUUCUUCCUCUUCUUCUUCUUCGCCCUAUAAGCGUCCAGUGGUCCACUAGCGCAUGCAUGCUGGUGCAGAGCUGCACCGCUCUCCACUCAUUCCUGCAUCCAGGGGAUCAUCUGCGAUGUCCUAUCCACAGCUCGGAUAUCCCUACUCCUCUGCUCCACAGUUCCUCAUGCCCACCAACUCUCUGACGUCGUGCUGUGAGUCGCGUGCGCGCUCCGUGUCCGAGUCUGGCUCGUGCGCACCGGCCCCUCCGCCUCCUCCUCCUCCUCCUCCACCACCACCCCAGGCUCCGGUUUACUGCCCCGUGUACGAGAGCAGGCUGUUGGCCACCGCGCGCCACGAGCUCGGCGUCUACAGCAACCCGUACGCCGGCGGACAGGGCUACGGAAAUUACGUCACUUACGGCACUGAGGCCUCAGCGUUUUACUCUCUGGGUGCCUUCGACGCCAAAGACAGCGCGGCUUCAGCGAGCAUCACCCAGGCUGCAGCUGCUGCUUACUACCCCUACGAUCCCACAUUGGGGCAGUACCAAUAUGACAGAUAUGGCUCGAUGGAUGGAGGCACGAGGAGGAAGAACGCCACGCGUGAGACCACCAGCACCCUGAAGGCCUGGCUACAGGAGCACCGCAAGAACCCGUAUCCCACUAAGGGCGAGAAGAUCAUGCUGGCCAUCAUCACCAAGAUGACGCUCACGCAGGUGUCCACGUGGUUCGCCAAUGCCAGACGGAGACUCAAGAAGGAAAACAAGAUGACGUGGGCACCGAGGAACAAGGGCUCGGACGAGAAGAGGUGCGAUGACGACGAUGGCUCACAGGAGGAGCAGAUCAAAAGCGAUGCCAACGAUGACGAGAGCCGAAGUCGAGAAGAUAAGGAGCUUCAGCUGAGCGACCUGGACGACUUUGACGCCAUCGAGUCGGAAAGCUCAGAGUGUGACAUGAAGCAUCAAUUCCACGUAAACACCCACAUGAGCUCACUACCUGAGCACCUCAAAGAGACCUCCCUGAAGCUACCUUCGCUCGAAGGAGAUGCUCUAAAGUUACCGUCAAUUCGAACCUCGUUGGAAAGAGACGGCGAUUUGCCCAAAAGCUGCCUGAAAAUUUCGAGCCGAGACUGUGAGCACAAUCCCACUGGAAAUACCAAACUCUGUUUCCAGCAGGACCACCAAACUCUUGACAGCAAGCCACGGAUUUGGUCAUUGGCCCAAACCGCCACCUCGCUUAAUCCCACUGAAUUUUCUUCCUGCAUGCUUCGAUGUCACCCAGCGAUAACUGGCUCAUCCCCGCCACCUGGAAAAGCCCCAGAGAAGCAACAGGACUCUCCAGUCACCACCUUGAGACACUGGGUGGACGGAGUUUUCCACGAUCCUUUAUUCAAACACAGCACUUUGGACCAAGCACACAACAGCAACAUGGCCAUUUCCUGGGGCACAACCAAAGGCUCGAUCCUGGAGAGCGGAGCGCAACGCGAUUGAACCCGUUCACGUGACUUUGAAAGAAAAAAAAAUACGUGAACAUAAAAUCCACUACCAUUUGUAGAGAAAUCUGUGUGGAAUACGCUGCUGAGACAGUUUCUGUGACGGGUUUGAAUGAAAGGCGUCGGACAUUUUUAAGGUCCAUAUUUGCUCUGUCGUGUCAGACUUUUUUUUUUUAACAAUUUUGCUCGAAUGAUUAUGUGGAAUUGUACGUAUUAACCGUUCUAUCGACACCUCGAUUCAAAGUUCCCAAGAUGGGUUUUGUUUACUCUAUUUAUUAUAUUAUAUAUUAGGCAUGUGCCAAGAUUUAAGAUAAAAUAUAUAACUAAAUAAGUAAAAAAAAAAAACAUGUCAAACUAUUUAAAUGUUUUUGUGAUAUUAUCACGCUACCUAAAUCACACUAGCUAAUAUUAACAGCUACAUUUCUGUUUUUCACAUUCGCAAAUAUUUGUAUUUUCUAAACUAUAAAAGGAACAACAUAUUAAAAUGAUUACAUGUACAAAAAUUCAAUCUAAUUUCAAUCAAUUUUAAUGCAAAUAUCAAACCUUUAUUAGAACUAAUUAGGAUAAUCAGAUGGAUUAUUGGCACAUGUCUUCUAUAUAAACACAUAUAAACAGAUCUGUUUUGGGAAGUAAUAUAAAUAUCUAUAAAUAUAGUCAUAUAUAUGUUCAAUGCACAUUGUAAUUCUGUAAAUAUACAACAGAAAGUUUACAUUUUGGUUACAAAAAAAAGAAGUUUACAGUUGCAUUCGUUUUUUUUUUUUAUGUUCUUCAGCAUGCAUCCGUUUGGUCGUCUUUAUCCAAACUUUUUUUUUUUUAAAUCUCAUUAAUGAUGUCACUGUUGGAAAAUGAAAAGUAAAAAAAAAAACGCAUCAAAAAAGAAUAAAUCACAAGUUACUUUCCAUUUGUUUAAGGAUUGUUCGAAUCUGUUCACUGUAAUAAAUAGUCGAUUUCGGAUUUACGUCUGCAUGUGCAGUGUAUUCUAGUGGUUUUUCUGGUGUUCGGAAGAAAUCUUAUUUUGAAAUAGGAUUUUUGUUUUGUUUUGUUU